CUCAUGUUUUCCUAUGUGUCCAUGUACACAUCAUCAUUUACAGGUAGUUAUUAUUAUACAGGAUUUAUAUAGCGCCAAUAGUUUGCUCAGCACUGUACAUUGCACCAAACUUUCAAAAGUAGAUUUUAUCAGUGUUGUAAACACGGCUAACUGCGUUUAUAAGCGUUUGGAAAAUGUUUUUAACUCUUCCAUUUCCAGAUGCUGUCCAGAGCCUUUCUACAUAAUGAAAAAUGCAUGCAAAGCAUUUUCCCGGUACUCAAAUAGACCUGGUACACCAAACUUUGAGGUUUCACAUGAAAGAAAAUAUGUUAGA